AUGGGGGAGCCAAAGCAGCCGACAAAUAUCCAGGAUGCUUUGGAAUAUCAAUUAAAUGCGGCUUGCGGCUCCCAAGGUGACCUCAGUGAUGCAAGCGCCUGUCAAAAAGAUGGAUACUGCUUUAGCAAGAGAGAUGUCAAGGCCCUCUUAUCAGGAGCACCCCAUUUCCUCUUAGAGAGAGGCAAACACGGUCGCUGGUAUCCGCAAGUGAUUUUCCCCUGGGACGAACAUAGUCCAUCGAUUCAGCGCAUGCUGGAUCGUAAGCCUCUUUCACACGCAUCAUUCACGCUCUGCACUCUUCAUGCCCAUCUGCCAGUCCCGGAUGACUGGGCAGUAAAGGGCGGAGUCCCAAUUCAAAUAAAAGAUUGGCAUCGAUCAGGGGCUUUCAAACGGGCUGCUUUCGAUGUAGGCGUGUUCGAAGUGCCAAACAUGCUCGCGAACAAUGGGCGAGAGCCUGGAACUGUCGGCUUCCGACAUUUCUUGGAGUUUCCAUUGGCCGAUGCAGUCCGAUAUACCGGUCCUCAAGAGGCGAGGCAGGCACCGAAUUUGCAGCGAGUCACGACACUCCCAGCCACAGAGGCGUUCGAACUGAUGGAUUCGUACAACAAGCCGUAUUCUCAAUGCCUCAGCGGCGCCGUCUUCGAUCGACGUCAACUCAUUCGGGACGGGCCUACGGGGUGGAAACGCAUCGGGGUACGGGAUAUUAAUCUUCAAAUUUUGACCAAGCGAUUGAAUCAGCUGCGGCAGUUGCGCUUGAAUGUACUGCAUGAUGGUUCGACGGUCACGAUUCUGGAUGUUGAAACUCCCCGUGAGAUGCAUGAUCUUCUCCACACACAUUUCCUCCAUCCUCGCCCACCUCCAGCCGAUCUCGUAUUGGGUCAUCCGCAGAGCAUCAAGUCUCAAAUUAAGACUUUGGCCACUGUGCUAGCCACUCCGGGGGCUUGGAUCGAUUUCAGCCUGCCGGAAUGGCGUUUUCGAAUAGGUCAAAUUCUAUACGAGACUCCGCCACAUGGGGACGGGGACUGUGUCAAAUUUGGUCCCGCGGUGUCUAGAGAGCCGUGGAUCAACUCGGGGAUGGAACGCAAGUGGUUGCUGGUUCAACUGCUCCUGGCGGCAGAGCUGCUGUUCCGACUUGAUGCCUUUGUUCAUGUCGGCAUGCUGCAUGAUCCCCACGACGGCGUCAUCACGGCGCCAGAACUUCAGCACUUCGACAAAUUGCGUGAGGGCAAAGUCAACUGGGAUUUGAUUGUUGUGCGUCGGUUCCUUGACAACCUCGAGAUCACUUGCGCCUCUCCUUCCGAUGCGCCGUCUGCCCUCAAUCAUCAGUUUGUAACCCCGAUUGAUAAGGUGCCUACCAAAAGCCGACGUUUCGCUCUGCUCGACUCCAUCAGUCGCCGUAUCGCAUCUACUGGCGGGCCUGAUAUUCAUUCCGCCUGGCAAUGUCGGAUCAGCUCCCCUCACGUUCGACAGCAACUGGAAGGCCUCUACGUCUUCGCCGAGAACAUCGGAUGGCCAAGCGUGGAUGCUGUACGAUCUACGUUUGAACAGAAAAUGAAAGAUGGAAAAGAUCCACUCCUUCCAAAUGAGUGUCUGCGCAAUUUGGAGAAUCACUCCGCUAUCAAGGCGACGGUACUGGACAAGGAGAAAAUGUAUACACGCAGCCAGUCACGUCGAUGUGUUGAGCUCCACAGUUCGUGUCGUGAAGACAAUGACCCUCAUGCAGACGAGCCUCUAGGCUGGGUUUCUCGAAGCUUACUCUCAGGAUUGGUCAUUCCGGGCGAACCAAUUUGCCAUCUACUUAUCGGUACUCUGCUGGAAAACGAUGACAAUGCAAUUGAGCAACUGGGGCCCAAGGCAAACCUGUUCGGUGGCUUCUCAUAUAAAGGACGCAGCUACUGGAGCAAAGCUUCGAUCGUUGGCCGUGUACUAUCCAGCCUAGAGGGCGCCAAGACUUGUAUGGGCUGGGUGGGCAGCGACGUGCUUCCACGCGAUGCGACUACGAAUGAGAGCUUGGAACCUGGUUGGUUCGAGGUUCAGGCCAGCGAGGCUCUAUGCAAGACUGGCAAACCUCGCAUCAAGCAAGCCGGGAAACUAGCCAUGGAGUCGUCGCCUCUGGGCAUGGGCGACAUCACUGCCGAGUCAUUUACACUCCCUACCGACCAAGCCGCCGAGUCCACGCUCGGUGUCCAGCUUGAUGCCCUCACCUUGUCAGUAACUUCUUCCGGGAAGCGGAAGAUUACUGUCAGUGACCAGGCCAAGCUUUCGUUCUCCCUUGACGGAUCUGUAGAAGUUCCCACUACGGUUUCCUUCCCUCUCACACAUCACGUGCGCUUCAUUUCGGCCCACGAAUGUCGUCCACCGCUCGGUUUCACUGCGCAUCACCAAAUUGGCUCGUCGGAGGAGCCAACAGCCAAAGACUGGGGGAAGCACAAGCGUCUACCAGGGCAUCCGUUGCACCGAUCUUUCCCGUAUCGGCAUAUCUCGCUGGAAUCCCUGCCACGCCAGCCAGCCCCGCAGACGGAUUCGCCUUCUGGACAAAGCCCCGAAGUACUCGUGAUUGAUGCUCGCGGCAGUCGAAGCAAAGAGACCUUCGCGCGGGCCUGGUGCGCGUCCAUUGGCUGCCACGCGGUGAUCGGCCGAGUGGGGAGGGCGUGCGUCGCGUGCUGUGUCAGGGAGGCGAGGGCCUUGGAUGUUCAGGUAGUGGUGAGAGUGGGUGAGAGCGCAGUUCAUGUCUUGGGACAGGUGAGAUGA